UACUCAUCUGCCCCCGCUUCUUCAGCGCAACCUCUUCCCACUUCCUCGCUGGAACCUAACGUUCUUCUGCAACGCGCAACAAAAGGAGUGGAAUCGCCAAAUCCCAUGAGACCAUCUCACGGCAACGGCCAUAAGCCAUACCAUGCAAACACCGAACGUUGAACGUCUGGCGGCUGAUGAGGUAGGAUCUCUCGCGAACUUGAAAGGGCCCGAAGAGGUGUAAAAUUCCCCUAUUCUAAGACUGUACCAUCUUCCAGACUGACACCGAUGGCUCAUCGGUGAGCGAUGUAAGUAGAUGCGACACCUCGCAACCUAUUUCGCAACGAUCUUCACGUUGAACUUAUCCAUGCUUCAACAGUUUUCGUCCACAACGAGUGUGACCAGCUCCAUUCGGGAAUAUCGCAUCGAAAACGGACGAACGUACCAUAAGUACAAGGAUGGCAAGUACGCCGCUCCCAAUGACGAAAGAGAAAACAAUCGCCUUGACCUUCAGCAUAACUUGUUCAUCCGCACAUUUGAUGAUCGACUUGGUAUUGCGCCACCAAACGAUCGACAUGCAAAGGUUGGCAGAGCACUCGACGUCGGUACUGGAUCCGGAAUCUGGGCUAUUGACUUUGGCGACGAACACCCGGAGGCCGAGGUCAUUGGCGUAGAUCUGUCAGCUGUACAGCCUUUAUUUGUGCCACCGAAUGUUCGGUUUGAAAUCGACGAUAUCGAGGAGCCCUGGCUAUUCUCGCAACCUUUUGAUUACAUCCACAGUCGUAUGAUGACGGGAAGUAUUAGCAACUGGAAGCGAUUUCUUCAGAGCUGUUUUGAUAACCUCAAUCCCGGCGGCUACCUUGAGCUCAACGACAUCGAUGCCGUUCCCGUCUCAGACGACGGGACCCUCACGGAGGAUACCUCUUUAAUGAAGAGCGUUCGUCUUUGUUGCGAGGCGAUCGCCAAGUUGGGGGUGCCUUAUGAGGAAUUCGGCCGUUUCGAAGGUCUCCUCAAGGAAAUUGGCUUCGAAGACGUCCACAUCGAACGAUUCAAAUGGCCCACCAAUAGUUGGCCCAAAGAUCAGAAGCACAAAGAAAUUGGAGUUUGGAACUACGAGAACUUUGCCCCUAAUUGGGAAGGUUUCCUGAUGGCGCCGCUGACCCGAGGCUUGGACUGGACAAAAGAAGAGGUGAUGGUCCUCGCGAUGGAGGCUCGGAAAGACUUUGCGAAUAGGAACAUCCAUGCUUACUACAACAUUUGGACCAUUUAUGGAAGGAAGCCAUUGCCGACUAAGGGGGAGAAGCCGUCUGUUAAAUAAGCCAGCAAAGGCUAAUGUGGCAUGGAGAAGAGAUGGGUGCUUGAAGCUAAGAUAAUCGUGGCAUUGUGCCAGCCAUUAAGUGGGGUCUGAUCACUAGAAAAGAGGCAAAUUGAUAAUUCAGUCAAAUCGAACUAAUUCGAUCAAGAACUCUAUGGGCCAUCGGUCAACUGGCGGGAGAGUAUUCUGAGUAGACAGCCUCACGAGAAUAGAAAACACAAGUCACUGAAUAUAGUAUAAGUAAGUGUCA